AUUCGUAUUGUGCCGAAGCGUUGUUUGGCAUCGUUGGCGUCGCUGUCGCCGUCACAGCUGACGAUGAACGUACAACUCGCAGCUUGACUGGCUGCUGCCACGGACUGUUGGCCGCUGUGUGUUGAGACCGUGUGUGUUUGGACUUGGCUAUGACGAUUUUGCAAUUUUGGCCGAUACGUUGCGUUUCAGUAAGAAAAGCGUCGCCUAACGGUUUAGUACGUACGCUUUGCGUUUUAAAUUGGGGUAAUUUUGCGGUUUGUUCGUGCGUUCGUAGUUUUAUCACACGAUAUCAAAGGAAAUAUAAAUAAUGCAUUGUAAUUGAAAACAGCCAGCAAACAAAAAAAAAAAAAACAAAAAAGAAAAUAUACAUACAUACUCAUAAAUAAACAAAAGAAGGCGUAAUAAUGAAUGGCAUGAUGACAGCGCGUAAAAGUAACACUUGACUGAAGUUUCAGAAUACACGCUGCAUUGAAAGCGAGCGCAACAGACAAAUUAAAAAUUAAAAGCCAGUAAGUUUCAUAAAAGCCGCCAUAACAACGGCAGCGGCUGACCGGCAAAGCGGCAGCACUUGCGGUGUGAAAAAGCGAGAGAAACAACGCGAACGCUCCGGCAUUUCACAUUAACACGCGCCGAGUGCUGACAGUGAUUAGUGACAGCUGAUGGUGAUGACGUGGUGUUACGAUUUGUAGCACAGGCAAAAAAAUACUUGAAAGUGUACGCGGCGCGUUUACAGUGGAGAGACGGUUUUUUUUGUAUUUUGAAAGAAAAAUAAUAAUAAGAAAAAGAAAAUUUUAAAAAGCAGUGUAGAGAAAAAUUUCAUUUUCAUAUAUAACCACAGUAAAACUUAUAUAAUUUAAUAAAAAUAAAAGCGAGCAGCGCGUAUAUAAAUAUUUGUUGCAUUUGGUGGAGGCGGUGCGUAUACGUAACAUUGCGAACUACAGCUUCCUUCCGGUUGAAUGACCAUAUAAAACGCGGCAAUGUUGUUGCCCUCGUUAUAUAUAUAUAUAUGUGUAGAAAAAUAACAGUUGUGAGAGUAUACACAGUGCUUGUGCGAGAAAGUGAGUGAGAAACCUAAGCGAAUAAGCGAAAAGCGUAGGAAGGCAGAUGCAGUGCUAGCUAAGGCAACAAGCAACCUAGAAAAUACGGCGGAAAAGCUAGCAUACACACACACACACACACGCAAAACUAAAUAUAUAGUGUUCUACACACUUGAAGUAUAUACACGUGGGUAUGUACAUGUGUGCCAUAAAAGUCAAGCUAACGAGUGCAAGUAGAAACGAAUAACUGUAUGCGCAACGCUCGUUGCAAGUCAAGAUACAUGCCACAGCCAGCGCGAGGCAGCAAUUGAAAACCGAAAGAAAAGUGAAAAUUCUAUUGUAUGCGAAUGUAAAACGGGUCGAGAAAGAAUCGCAAACGACACACACGCACACAUACACACACAGACAGAAAAAUAUUGGUAAAAUUGUCAUUAUAAAUCUAACGUCGCAGACGCUCGGCAAACGAAAAUUCAGGCAAAAAAACAAUAGAAAAGCAAUAAGUGUAAGAAAGUGAGGUGUUGGUGCGACAGUUGGAGCAGCGGCGGCAACAGACGACAGCAGCUUUUACGCUCAAAGUGCUAUAAAUUACCGUACGACGACCUUAAACGAAGUUCAGACAGCCAAAAGCAAAGGACAGCAGCCGUAGACGCCCACAACUAAGCCGGUUGCAAACGCUGGAGACGGUGUAUGUGUGCAGAAGAAGUGGCAGCAGUAUUUUAGCAACAGAUUUACCUUGCAAGCUGGUGUUGCGCCAGCGACGGAGCCGCCGACGCCGUUUGUUGACACUCUCACUAAAGAUAAAUCAAUAAGUGGAAAAGUACAAGUGCAAUCACACACACACACAUACAUAUAAAAAUUAUACACACUUGGUGCACACUAAAGUCAUAAGCAUACACACAGACACACAUGCAACGGGCGAGUGGUGCGCCCGUGCAGCAGUUUUAAGCGCAAAAUCAGCAGCACCAGCAAAAUAUUUGAAUUGCUUCGGAAACCAAACGUCCAGGCGCGCCAAAACCAGUCGGCCACUCAGCAAGCCAGCCAGCCAGCCAGUCAGUGGCCUUCAACACCGCACCGCACCACAUCCACUAAGCACGUCCUCUUUUGUUUUUAAUAGUGUCAAACAAACGGGCGCCCAGUUGUCGCCAAGCAAAGCAACGACUACUAACCCAGCUAACUAAGUAGUUGACGCUGCCAAAGUACAGCAGCAACGGCAGCAGUAGCAGUAGCAAUAGCAGUUGUUUUAAAAGUUUUCGAGUAGCAACCGGCAAAAUUCAUUCGCAAAUUAUGCUGGCCAUGUCAACACUGAUGAUGCCAGCUCCCACCAUAGCGAUGGGGGCGCCGCCGCCGAUUACAAUGGGACCACAUAAGCCACCGGAAACGAAACUGCUCGCCAUACAUCCGGCAGCUGUUGCGGCAAAUGGCGCUGGUGGCGUCGGCCAGCAGUCGCAUCUACAGCAUAACGGUCAGCAUCCGCAGUCACAACAGCAACAGCUGCCACCGAAUCAGCAGCAGCAGCAGUCCCAGCAGACGCAGCAACAGCAACAAAUCUCAGCCGGCAAUAAUAACAGCAACAAGCCAGAGCAAUUUCAUAUUUUCGUUGGUGAUUUAAGUGCAGAAAUUGAAACACAACAGUUGAAAGAUGCUUUUACGCCCUUUGGAGAAAUAUCAGACUGCAGAGUGGUGCGCGAUCCACAAACGCUAAAAUCAAAAGGAUACGGUUUUGUGUCGUUUGUGAAGAAAUCGGAAGCGGAAAAUGCCAUUACCGCCAUGAAUGGUCAGUGGUUGGGCUCUCGUUCGAUACGCACGAAUUGGGCCACAAGAAAACCGCCGGCGACAAAAUUGGAUGUUAAUGCCAAACCUUUAACCUUCGAUGAGGUGUACAACCAAAGCAGCCCCACUAAUUGCACCGUCUAUUGUGGUGGCAUCAAUGGCGCAUUGUCCGGCUUUCUAAACGAGGAUAUUUUGCAGAAAACUUUCUCUCCCUAUGGCACAAUUCAGGAGAUAAGGGUGUUCAAGGACAAAGGAUAUGCAUUUGUGCGUUUCUCCACCAAAGAGGCCGCCACCCAUGCAAUUGUCGGCGUACACAAUACCGAAAUCAAUCAACAGCCAGUAAAGUGUGCGUGGGGCAAAGAGAGCGGCGACCCCAAUCACAUGUCGGCCAUCGCUGGGCAAGCACUAAGCCCCGGCUUCCCAUUCGGCACAGCAGCAGCGGCGGCAGCGGCAGCCGCAUAUGGGCAACAAGUGGCCGGCUAUUGGUAUCCACCAGCACCGACAUAUCCCACAGCUGCGCCCACGCCCGCCAACGCUCUACAACCGGGACAAUUUUUGCAAGGCAUGCAAGGAUUUACAACCUACGGACAAUUUGCUGGCUACCAACAAGGAUAUAUGGGCAUGGGCGUACAGAUUCCCGGCACCUGGCAAAGUGUGCCACCACAAGCGCCGUUAGCGGGCGCCACCGCUCCACAAAUUGCACAAAGCGUCGGCAGCGGUCUGCCACAAGCCACCGGCGUUGUCGCCUAUCCCAUGCAACAGUUUCAGGUUAGUCCACAGCUUGCUGAAGACGAAUGGUUAGCACCGAGCCUGCUAGUGUAGCUGCCAUGAUGGCCCGCAUUUGCAACAACAAAUGGAGCAACAAAUGCUGCUACCGCUGCAGCAACAACAACAACAUUAUGUGCCUGCACCAAAGUCACUGUAGCACCGCCCAUACAGGCGCCGCUGCCAACAGCUAUUGCACCGAUAGCGGCAACCGCGACAACAACAACAAAUGCAGCGGGUACCGCUAUAUUGGCGGUGCAGCCGCAAAAUGCAGUGCAACAACAACACCUAGCGCAUUAUCAGCAAUGCGGUGUGCAGCAGCAGCACCAGCACCAACAGCCGGCGCAGCAGCAACAGCAGCAAUAUCACAUACAGCAACACCAACAACAACAGCAGCCGCACAGUCAGCAGCAGCAGCACCAACAACAGCAACAACAAUAUUGGACAUUUCAGCAGGUAACAAACAACGAUUACUCUCCGCAGCAUCAACAGACAGCGCAACAACAACAACUGCAGCAACAACAAACACAUUUAAUUGACUUGUAUAAGGAAUGAAGCCACAAUAUAAAUAGGUUAUUUACAGUUAAAGUGCAAAACAGUUACAACAAAGUAAAAUUUGGAGUAUUACGAACGUACAUAAGUAUAUUUUGUACUCACGUGUGUGUAUGUGUUUGUAGUAGAAAUGACCAGUAGUAGUAAGCGAAAAGCGUGAAAUAUCAUUUUCUUAUGAUAUGCUUGAUAUAUAUGUAUUGGUAAUGUUGGUGCACACACAGCGAUUAAUAUGCAAACGUUAGUGCCGUAAGUUGAGGCAAAUAUACAAAAUACAACGGUAGCAAAUAACUGCAUUUAGACAUACAUACAUAUAUGGAGCCAUAUAAUAUGUAUACAAAAGUAGUCUUGAAUGUUGUAGUAGACACGCACAAUGUUUGAGUAGCGAUCACAUGUUAGGUUGGAGUGAAUAAUGGGUUAGCGAGAAAGUCUAUUAGCCUGUUUGUUCAAAAAAUAUGUUUAAAAAUUUCUUUAUUACACUUAUAAAUUAUGAUUUACUUAUAUUUCUUAUUUUUUCUUAUAUAUUAUAUGUUAUAUUGAAUGCAGCAAUGGUUUCUACUAUUUUGACUUACAGAUUUCAUGUCUUAGUGCGGUAGGCUUGAUAGCUGUCAAUCCAUUUAACUCAUAUUAACAACAAAAAUAAUAUAUUUUAAGCACGAGUGCGUUCAUUGUUAUUUUAUUUGAAGAAAUUAGGUCUUUCAGGGCUUAUGAGCGGAAUCGAGUCUGGUCUUCAUCCUACAAAACUAACAAAAAAGAACCAACGGCAGUUACCACAUCUGUAAUGUGUUCAAUGGACACCACGGAGUUGCAUUUUCUUACAAGCGUCGAAUUUGAGACACAAAAGAAAUAUUUGUUUAUUUUUGUUUUUAUUAUUUAUUUUCUGUCACAUACAAAGAUGUGUCGCGCAGUAGCGCCGAGUUAUCAGAAAUGCAUUUUUCGGCAUUAUUAUCUUGGGUAAGAGGUUCAGCACCACAAAAAUCCCUACAAAUAGUCACCAUCUCAGCAUUCGCUUGUCGAUGAAGACGUGCAGUUCUUCUAGUUCCUGACUAUGACUCUGAUACGAAAAUAUAUACCGCCAGCAUAUCUCAGUGUUCAAUGAACCUUAUUCCACCUUAUAAAUUUCAACCGGAAAUCAGAAAAUGGUGGAAAUUAUUAUUGAAAAGCACUGUGAGUGCCACAACUUAUACCACUCCUUGAGCAGAAGUGAAAAAUUUACACAUCUAAUAUAUUUAUUAGGUUUAAAGUCUCAAACCCUUUCCUAAUAGCAGCAGCAAGCUGUUCAAGAUUUGUCCAGCCGGUGGGUUUUUGAUAAAGCGGUUUUCAUCUUAUGAUAAAAUAUCUUGAGCUUUGAUUAUUAAUUGGACUUACAUGUAAUACAUUCGAGUAAACUUCGACAAGCUCUUCAUGCUUCGAAGUUGGUUAGCAAAGAUGAAUUAGAAAAAGCUAAGAAAGUGUAAAAUGUAUAAAAAUCGGUUUCUGGUUCGGCUAUUAAACAGCUUUUUUUCAUCCGUUUGCGUACGGAUCAAAAUUUACCAGACUCAUAUGCCAUUUAGAACAAUAUUAUUCACUGACUUCAAUAAAAUGUUCAACGCCAGAAUGGCAGUUAGUUCACCUACUAUAAACUGAGAUAGCAGUAGUGCCAGAAGCAUCAAAAAUAUAGGCACUUUAAAAGACUUUUAUUGUCCGAUAAUUUUUUACGUGAAUUUUUAUGAAUUACUGGCUAUAAACUACUUCAAAAAGUAUGCAAAUAGCAACAUUAUAGCCAAAUUAGUAAACGAUCAGACACAUAACAUGAAAGUUUGUUACUUCACAAAUAGUUUACCUGAAACUAAGUGGUUCUCUUCGAAAAAAUGUGAGCUAAAUUAAUUUAUGAUUGUCGGAAGUCAAAGGUACACACAUCCCCUGAUAUACAAAAAGCCCAUUUGACUAAACUUAGUUUAGGUAAAUAACAAAUAAACUAUAUACUAAAUUGCAUAUGUGUGCACUGUUUACCAUAAAUAAAUAUAUACUAAAUAAUAGCAACAUAUAUAUUAUCCGCUUAUGCAAUAUUAACCAAAUCUAUAACAAUUAUUUUUGAUAAGCCUACCUAACAUAUGGAUAAACAAAUUAUAGGGUGUUUAAAACACAUCCACACAUUCAUAUGCGUGCGUAGUAGCGAAUAAUUUUGCUGCCUGUUACUUUUUACCAAAGUUGCUUUGCAAUAUUUGCAAACUUAAAUAGUUAAACUGUGCGUAGAUUCUAAUUUUUCCAAGUGUAAGACUUUCUUUGAAUGUAUGUAUGUGCAUGAAAGUAUUGAAAAAACACUUAGAAUACGUUUAGAGAUAAACAAAUAUGUACAGUACUUGUCCAAUAAAUUACGAACGAAGUAAAAAAUAGUUCUAACUUUAAUCAUUAAUAAAAACAUAAAUAUUUGGCUAAUUUUAGAAAAAAAUUAUUUUUUAUAAGCUAUAUACAUUAAACUUAAAUUAUUAUAUUUUUGUAUUGAAUAAUAUUCAAUAUUUUGUCGCCAUAUAUAUAUAUAUAUAUUUUUGUUUUUUUGCUCUCGUUCGUAAUUUAUUGGACAAGUACUGUAGAUCUAAUAGAAAUACACAGCAACAAUACAAACAUGUUUAUGAACUAACCCGACAACAUAUGAACAAAUGCAGCGAAAACUAAACAGGAAUAUUCAAAGAACUAUAUAUAGAGAGAUAUAUGUGUAUGUAUAAUGCAAGUGAAAAUGCAAAUAAAAAUCAAAAAUAAACAAUAAACAAUAAAUACUACAAAGGCGAAAUAGAAUUGAAAAAAGAGUUUGUGCUUGGAAUUAAUAAUAUUUUUCUCUUGAAAGUUUUAAGUGAACGUAAUUCUCAGUAUUGAAAAUUUUUGAGUAAUCAAAGGCAAAUUCUAACCUUACUUGCUUUUAUACCAUUUUUAAUACCAAAACUUUACUUCUCAAAUGUAAGCGGACCGCUUUAUUUUUUAUUGGAUAAAAUUUCCAAUGAAAUUUAUUUACUGACCACUGUUGCUUCUACGAUUAUAAAAAUGGAAUUUUUCUCAGAAAUUUUCACAAAAAAUGAAAUUAUUAAACGUUAAACCGGAUCUUCUCAUCGUUCAGUACUCUUUCCGCUUUAUUAAAUCGGAUAUGAAAAUGAACUUACAAAAAGUUUACUUUUGUUCACCGUUCAUGGUUCCCCGAUAGACGACAUUAAUGGUAGAUUAAUCUCAGCAAAUUGUAUAGAAGGCAAGACUUAAGCCUAAUUUCUAGUUCGACACAUAUGAAACUUCUUAGAGUCUACAAACAAACAUUAACCUAUUGUAUUUUCUUUCUCUAUAUGAAGUAUUUUACUUCUUUAUCUUUAUUGACAUAGAGAGCGCUUACGUGGUUAUAGCCGGAUUUUUACUUAGCUAAAUUAUGUGUUCAACAUUUUUAGAAAAUUGAUUGCUUGUCACAUCCAAGAUUACUAAAUUCUUAAAUUAAAUUCUUGCGAUGUUAUUUCCACAAAUUAUUAUUAUUUUUUUUUUUCAAUAUUUCAUAAUUUUUUGGAUCUGCUUGGUAAAUCCUAACAAUAAAUAUACAAAUCUUAAACCUAUUUGAAACUAAAGAAGCUCAAGAAUGUGGUUGAGAUUUUUUGGUAGAACGUUGCUCUCUAGUAGGCUGGUAGAUCACUUCUUUUUAAACGCAUUUGAUUGCAGCAAUUUACCAAGGGUUUGGAUGUUCGCGAAGUUUAGAAAUAUAUCUCAUUUUGUUGUCCUCCAUCUCUUUCUUUACCACAGGCAUAUCAUGAUCUUUAUGAAUGUUUUCAUUAUGCAUGUACCAUGGUGAACCCGUGAUUGUUCUAAGCAUUUUAGAUUGGAACCUAUCGAAAAAUUUCAAUAGUCUUCAAGGCAAUAGCUUGAUCCAUAUUUCUAAAGAUCCUUAUAUUUUUGCAGAUCGUCGGUUAUCCCUCGGUAUAAUUUCAUUUAGUUCCAGAAACAAAGUAAAGAGCAAACUUCUCAAUAGUAAAAUAGUUUCAGUAGCAAUUAUCUUAGAAAGUAUGACAGGUUUAUUAAGGUUUGCAACUUGAAUAAUAUUAGCUGUGGUUCGAGGAUAAGAAAAAUGUGCUGACGGAAAUGGCGAUUGACGUCAAUCGGAUUUCAUUUCACAGUUUCAAAUGUUAAAAUUUAUAAUUUUAUGAUCUUACGAUGCGAUAUGACAAGUUGUGAGUAAUCUAAUUAUUUGUUAUUUACUUUGAACGUUACAAUAUUUAAAGUUUCUUUUCACUUAGACACAAAUAAUUUCAUAUUAUUAAUUUAUAAUUCAAAGAACUCGCAGAAAUGAAGAGAAAAGUCCCAAAUAUUUGAGUAGAAGCAAGCAAAGAAUUGUUUUUGCAUAUAAAAGCAAAGCUCAGUAAUGAUAGAUUGCAAAUAAAUAACCGUUAUAUUUGAUAUACAAGUGAUAAAAUCAAAUGCAUACUAAAUCAAAGUAUUAAAAUCAAAUAUAAAGCCAUAAAAUAGCCGAUUAACAGUAAAGCAAAUCAAACUAAUGUGUAAGUACAUCAAAUGUAAUCAAAACAUACACACACAUAUACAAAAAUACAUAAACGCAUACAUACAUAUGUAUAUGCAUAGGAGCAAAUAUUUACUAACUGCUGCAGUCAGUUUCUAGGCGCACUAUUUACUUUGGCCGAAAUGUGUUGUUAGCUUUAGUGUGUUGUAGCCUGAUAAUUAUAGCAAAAACAACAACAAUAACAAGAAAAUCCGAAGCGCUGUACUAAAUUAGUUUAAAUAAUUACACAUACAUACAUAUAUGUUAGUAGUAAUUAAUCAUAAGUAACGGUUGAGAGAAACCGUCUAAGCUUAAGAGUCAAGCCAUAUGUAAAUGUAACAGCAAAAUGUAAUUGUAACUGUAACUGUAUGUGUAGACCUAAACGUUAUGUAAUGUAAUGUAGUGUAAUGUAAUGUAUGUAUGUAAAUGCACCGCACCAAUUGUUUAUGUAGUUGUGGUAAGCAAAUCAAGUGGCAGUCGAAAGCUGUGAAAACUAACGGUAAAUUAGGCAAAUGUGAUUAGAAGUUGGCGCAAAAAUUUGAUGAGCAUGAAAAAAUUGUACACGAGCACCAUAGAUGUUAAUUGUGUAUGUAUAUGUGCAUGUAUACAAACUGUGUAGAGAAUAGUUUAAACAAAUUUGUAACGGUAUAAGUAGUGAAAUGCACGCAUAACAGCCACACACAAACAAUUAGAAAUUUUAGACGCUAGCGAAAGUGGCUAAAAUAAAUUAUUACAAAACAAAUAACAAAACAAUGGCGUUAAAUUAUUAAAAUACAUAUGUACAUGUGUGUGCAAAAAAUUUGCAACAAAUGAAAAUGUAGACAUGUUAGCGUAAUUUAGGCGAAUAGUUGAAAAAUAAAUUGAAAAGAAAGAAAGUAAAUAUUAAUAUACAAAAACUUACAAAUAACUGAAUAUAAAAUAUAUAUUAUAUAGUAAAUAUAAAUUAAAAUAGUUAAAAUAGCAGAGAGCAAACAUUCUAACCAAAGAAACUCGCAAUUGAUAGGCAGAAGCAUAUAUACAUAUAUAUUUAUUUACAAAAACAACACGUAUAAAGGGAAAUGAAACAAAAUUUUGGCAACAAAAAUUAAACGAAAAAUUACAAAAAAAAUUUGAAAAAUAAAAUAAAUUUUUUACAACAUUUCUGUGACAUUGGAGCGCCAACAAGCAAAACAACAAAAAACUUACUGCAAUAUAAUUUAUAAAAUUGCUUUAAAAGCUAUACUCCAGUGUUGAGAGAGAACUACAAACUAUUUUUCUUUAAGCAACAAAGCAAAACCUAAAAGAAAAUGUUAAGCAUAGAAAAACAAAAAACGAAAUAUUAGACAAAUUUAUGCAAAACAAAAAAUGCAGUCGAAAAUGCAUAAUGAGGUUUUUGAAUAAAUUUGAAAAUAAUGAAAUAAAAGCAUAAAAUAUUAAAAAAAUAAAAAAAGAAUUGGGAAAUAUAAACAUAAUAUUUGAAAAAAUAAAUAUUUUGAAAAAAAAUUAUUUAAAAAAUAAUAUUAAAAUUUUUUAUUUGAAAAAUAAAAUUUUUCAAAAAUAAUGCUAAAACAUUUGAAAUUGAAAAACUAAAAUUUUUGAAAAAUAAUAUUAAAAAAAUUU